CGCUUCCUUUCCCUCACCAGUCACUAGUCACCACGGUCCCAAUGUGUUCUUCGCUUCCUCCUGAAUGAGCGCAAGGCUCGAUCGAGUCUCAAGUCUCGAGCUUCUGGCUCGACUCAUCAUCAGUUCGUGGUCUCGGACGUCUCUUUGUCAGCUGCCUCUCUCCAGAGUCAAUGUAUGUGCUUGCCCGACUUGCUUGACGCUCUGCUUGUUUUGACGAAGGGAACAAGCUGGGCUGAACAAAAAAUAAUAAGAGAAUAUACCUCCCCCUUCUGGACAGGCAGUGGAACUAACGAUUAAGGAAUCACGGACAAUUUCAUAGCGGGUCACCAUGCCCAAAGCCAAGAAUAAGAGUCAAAAGAAGGCCAACAUGAUGCUCCAUGUGCCAAGGGCGGAAGAGCGCGAGCCCACCAAGUUUCAGAUGACAUACAGUCUCCCACUGACCCAUCAGGCCCGAGAUGGGGCCUCGGUGAGGCUUUGGGACCAGAACGUGCCCUCCAACAUCAUCCUCAGUCCCUAUGGUCACCAAGAAAUGCCCUUCAUGGGCAAGAUCCUGCCCCAAGUUCAACACCAAUCAGUCCAACCCAUGGUCCAGCCCACCGAGGGACAGCGGUAUCCCAUUUUGAUACAGCCCCAAGGACAGCCCAAGCUCCCGACUCAGCCUGUGGCGAAUAGUACUAGUAGUGGUAGCAGUAAUAAUAAUAAUAAUAAUAAUGGUAGUGGUAGUGGUAGUGGUAGUGGUAGUGGUAAUCAAGGGAAGAAAAAAGGCGGUCUGCCCAAGUCAUGUAAAUCUCAAGAAGCCUACGAAAGAGUGAAGCAGCGCGCCAAAGAGAGGUAUUACCGGAAUCGCGAAGCCAUUCUGGAGCGGGCGCGGGAACACUAUCGCCUCAAAAGUGCCAUGGGUGGCUCCCGGAGGCACAACCCUAGUGCCAAGAGUGUGGAGGCGUACCUCAGACAUAAAGAGCGCGUAAAGCAGAGGUAUUACGAGAACAAGGAGCAGCAUCUGCAGCGCGCCCGUGACAACUAUCGCAAACGCAAGGCCUUGAGUGCCGAGGUGUCCGAGGCCUUGAAAGUGGGCCGACCCCUCACCCCGCAACAGUACGAGUUUUGGAAGAAAAACCAGAACCUCGUUGAAGGCAAGCUCAAACCCGGGAAGGCGGCCAAGAAGAAGCCCAAGAAGACGGAUAUCAAAUCUGAGUGCAUGGACAUUGUCAACGAUCUGUAUAAGGACAAAUUCACUCACAUCAAACUGGAGCAACUCCAACCCUCGCCGCAGCAGCAACAACAACAACAGCAACAACAAAUCCAACAACACCACCACCAACAACAGCAGCAACAACAGCAGCAACAUCAACAACAGCAACAGUUGCAGGCCCAUCGAAUGCAACAGGGGGUGGUCAUGCAUCACCCAGCCCAAUCCGUCUCGUCUAGUCCCAUGAAGAACCAAUAUUUCCCGGAUGCCAACAUAAAAACUUGGCUUGGAGAUCACCCGGAAGUGAAUUGUAUCUCUAUUAUGCCCUUAAGUCAUCCUCAAUCGCAACAACAGACCCAACAAUCCGCGCACAAUCAGCCGCAUGCGGAUUCCAAAGACUCGUUUCAAGGCGUCGGGGGUGGGAUGUCAGCAUGUUUCAAUCUAAAAUGAAAGAAAACAAGAUGGACAAAAUUUAGAUUUCUGCCCAUUUUACAAUACUGAUAUGAUCCUCGCACUCUAACGCAAGCUACUUUUCAUUUAUCUCUUCAUGUAAAUGUGUUAAAAAGAUACAGAUAUGCGCAAAUUCCAAUACAAGUGUGGUUUCAUGAAAAUACACUUGAUCUCUACUCUG